GGAGCCGGGAGAUGGUGCAGCAGCGCUGAGCUCCUCCGGUUUAUUUCGCAUCCUCCUCCGGACCGAGGUCCUCUCUCUGCCCGCGUCCGCGGAGAGCCAGCCCGGCGGCGCCUCAGCUCUCCGAUGCAGGGACGAGGCUGGCUUUUGUUAUUUAAAGCUAGGUGGGGCUGACGGGGGGGGGCUUGAGCCCAGCGAAUCGGCUGCAUUGAUUGGAUGGAGAGGUUUUAAAAAGAGGCUUUCUCUCUCUCUCAUCAUUGCAGUCUUUUGGCGCGGGGAUAGGCGAGUCGGUCAAAAUUGGGCCUGAGCGGGCCUGGAUCCGGUCCGGAUGGAGGAUAGAUGCAGAUGGUGUGGAGCCAAUUCUUUCGUUCCCAAUGGCGUUUUAUAGGAUGCGUCCAGUCCAGAAGUCCUUGUGUGUGCUGAUGGUGCUGAUGGCAUCCCUGGCUUUUCUCUAUCUUCAUGUCUGGUCACCAAAGCCCUACAGUACGGUGGACCUGCGACACCGGCCAAGCCGGACACCUGAGCAACUGUUGAGUGACCACCUGCUGGUGCCUGAGAAGAAAUAUGCACACAUUGCUUUCCGGAUUAAGGAGGAGAUCCUGGAGCUCCUUCCAAAGAACUCCUGCAAGUGUGAGGUAGAACCUAGUAUGAACUUUCCACUUCAGAAACAGCUCUUUGGUCACAUCUAUUCUCUGGAAUUCGCAAACGCCUUCAAUCCUUCCGAACUGCCAGAGAUAAACAGCAGGCGAAAACAAGAGUACCGCAGUUACCAGCAAAGGUCCUAUUCUCCAUCUGACCAGCUCCUCAUCGUCCGAGCCAACUCACCUCUCGAGUAUCCAGCCCAAGGGGUAGAAGUUCGGCCCCUCCGGACCAUCCUCAUCCCAGGUCUGAGCCUACAAGCAGCUGAAAGAGCUCUGUACCAGGUCAACUUGACAGCUACGAUGGGCACUUUUGAUGUGGCUGCAGAAGUGGAAGGGGUCAAAGUGGAAGGGGAGGGGGGCAUGCAACUCAUCAUGUCGGGAUCCCAACUGGACAACCUCAAUCGGCAAAUGCAGUUUGUCACCUACACCAACACACUCUUCCACCCCAACACAGCAGAUACAGUGCAGUUUUCUACCAAUGAGCACCAUGCAUCGUUCAUCAUCCGCAUCCGCCAUGCGCCUACGCCCAAGCUCUACAAUCCAGGACCCUCCAAUGGAGGAGCAAGUGGCAAAUACGACAUCAGUGCCCUGGUCACCAUAGCAACGAAGACCUUUUUGCGCUAUGACAAGCUGCGAACACUGAUCAGCAGCAUCCGCAAGUUUUACCCCACUGUGACCAUCAUCAUUGCUGAUGACAGUGAGACCCCUGAACAUGUGCAGGGACCCCACAUUGAACAGUACUUUAUGCCCUUUGGAAAGGGCUGGUUUGCUGGCAGAAACCUUGCCAUUUCCCAAGUGACCACAAAAUAUGUUCUGUGGGUGGAUGAUGAUUUCAUCUUCACACAUCGCACCAAAGUGGAGAAGCUGGUCGAUGUCCUUGAGAAAACUACCCUGGACCUGGUGGGUGGAGCAGUGCGAGAGAUCACCAGCUACACCACCACAUACCGCCAGCAGAUCAGCGUGCAAGCUGGCAGUGAAGAUGGAGAUUGUCUGCACAUCCGCCAGGGUUACCAUCAUGUCAUUGAAGGCUUUCCUGACUGCGUGGUUACUGAUGGUGUGAUCAACUUCUUCCUGGCACGCACCGAGAAGGUUCUGCAGGUUGGCUUUGACCCUCGCCUCAGUCGUGUUGCCCACCUCGAAUUCUUCAUUGAUGGCCUGGGUAUUCUGCAUGUCGGUUCCUGCUCCAACGUUGUGGUGGACCACGCCUCAAAGAUUAGGCUGCCAUGGCUAAAGACAGACAGUGAGAAGCAGUAUGCCAAAUUCCGCUAUCCCAACUCAAGUGACAACAGCCUGACCACCAAACAGAGCUUCUUUUACUUCAAGAACCGUUUCAAAUGCAUGACAGGCAACUAGUCUCUGGUGCUAAUGAAUUUAGCUUCACCCCUGACAACUGGCUUUGUCCUCAGGCAAUUGGGUUUACCAAUCUCAGGCAGCCUGCUCUGGCAAUUGGCCAGAGCCCGAGGCAAAUGGCCUUGUCUGUCAACUAGCCAAACCCCAAGAACUCAGGGUGGCCUCAGCAGCCUCAGGCUUAAAGAGCAGUUUGGGAAAUUGGCAGCCAUGACCACUUUUUUAAAAAAGAAAGAAAAAAUGUCUUUUCUAGCAGGAUGGAGAGACUGUGCUAUUGCUUGAUUCUGAGCCUUGGUGGUCAGGAGAAUGUGACCUGUUCCUGUGUUUGUUUCACCCUGUUAUGUCUCUGAACUGGAGAAUCUUGGAUAUGGUGUGAUACUUGAGUUAACUUUCUUUCUUUCCUAGUUGGAAGCAACCACAAUUUUUUCUGGGCUUCCCCCUGCAUCUCUCCACACACAGACACAAUACUUUAUCCAGUGCCACAACUUUUUGUGCCAAGUCUUUACACCUGUGCUCCCUUCUUCCAAAUUCCUUUCCCUCAUGCUGGUGCCAUCCUGGGACAUUUUGAAGUGCCAAAGACUACAGUGAUGGAAAGCAACCAUCAGGGGGAAGCGUUGAGGUAUCAAUUGCUGCAAAGCAACAGAAAAGGAGGGCAGCAGGGGCCAUAAAACAGCACACUCAAAACUCCAGACAAGAAGUGGCCUGUGUUCAUAGACAGUGGGGUGGGAGCUGGGAGCUGGUUUUCUAAUGUGGCAGGAUUUUUAUAUGCUGAAGAAGGCAGACUUGUGUACAACAGACUGCAAUGUUUUUAUUUCAAACAAAAUCCAUUUGACAAGUCUUUCCCCCCAUACCCCCGAACCCUGCUUCCUUUUGCCUUCUUGGUCCCAAUUGCGUAACCAGUGUUACUGUUCUUCCUAUAGCUGCUGUUUGUUUUUGGGGGUGUGAAAUGCUUAUGAAGCAGGGCUGGGUUUAGUUUCUCCUGCAUAUUUAGUUCCAAUGCAUGGGAUUGGUCCUACAGCAAGUAAGCAGCAGCCGCCAUUAAGACCACUCUGUUAUAUGACACACUUCUCCCACCCCAUCCCCCAUAGGAUGUGCACUCCUUCCUGGCAGCCUGGCUAAGAAGUGCUCAUCUGCAACUGACUGCAGAGGUCUUGAGACAGAAAGGCAAGCAUAACACUAGCCAAUCAGCUCUAGGCACUGAAGCACUUCUGCAGCAGGGAGAGUGAUGCAGAGGGGACAGAUGUGGAAAUUGCAAGAGUCAAUGUGGUUGGAGCAGUACUGAGCAUCACUGCCCUUUAGCUGUGAAGUUCAAAUGCAUUUGUUGUACUACCAUAGCACCCCCUUCCUCCAAACACACGCACCCCUCAAUCCAUGACCCUAAGGUUCCCUCUGAUCAUGUCAAUAGACCCAGAGCAAAUGGCUCUUCUUCAAAAGGGGGAACAUGUUGCUUUCCUGAGAGUGUUCUUGUGCUUUGCUGCCACAACCAUCAGAUAAGCAAUGGCCUCAGUAGGUAAAAGAAUUGAUGCUUAGUUUUUUCCUUCCACCUACCUACCCCCUCCAGCCUAACUCUCUGGCUUUUUAUAGGGUUGCUUCUUGUUCCAGGAUGAUGCAUUAUGUCUGAGUUGCUAGAUCACAGUUUCAAAAAGAUUGGUAUAAAACUGGGUCUUUAUAAAGGCACUUGCUAGAUUGGUCAGUUGGCUGUAACAGAGGCUGCUGAAGUCCCAUUCAAAACUGAAGUACCGGCAAGCCCCGUUGGACAUUGUACUUACAGUACAAUUGUUGACUCAAAAGCAAGUCUCUCAUCUCUGUUUAUCCAUUCAGUAGAAUGCUAAAAGGUAAGGUAUUGAAUCUUUCACUGCUCUCCCUAUGUAAAGUAGGGCAGGUGAAGCCUCUUAGUUUUAGCAUACAUGUUGAUAUAUAAAUAAGAUGGGUUCUCUCUCUUGCUGCCAUGCCACUUUAUUUAUUUAUUUAUUUAUUAAAUGGGGGAGUGAUUCAACCCCUACACAUUCCCCCACCCCACAACACUCUCAAAUACAGCAAGAGUUAUUUUCAAAAUGUUGACAUACUGAUUUGGAAAUAUUACUGGAAAGCUUACAGCCUGUUCCUAAUUCAGCCUAAACAAGCAAAUGCUUAGUUUGGGACACAUGGUAUGAAUUCAGAUCCUGAUACUAGCCAGAAGAAUCAACUAUUCUGAUGUGAAGGAGAAUUAAAACUAAAAGUAGAAACACUCGCUCAGUGAGGCAAGCUGCCCAGGAGGCGAACACCAUCCCCAUUUCUGACUUUCUCCCAACACCCCUGCAGUGUUGCCUUACUACCCAACCACAUGAGGAGGGAAAGGCAGUUAGUUUAUCAGUCUUUAGGGUGCCUAGCUAUAGAUUUGACAAGCAAGUUCUUCAGUGUAUGGCGGAGGUGGCAGAGUGUGUGUGUUAGCCUUUGCAUGAAAUAAUAUCUUCCAACCUCCCCCUCCUUCUGUCCUGUUUGCAUCCAGGUAUUAUGAGACCUCUCAUUCCAGGCUGCACAGCCCUUUCACUCACAUUUAGUAGAAGUCCACUAACUUUUACUCAGAGCAGACUCACUGAAGUUAAAGAACAUGAUGAAGUUAAGACCAUUAAUUUCCAUGGGUGCAUUCUUGAGUAAAACAUAGCUGGAUGCCACCUGCUGUUUUGAGCCUGCUCCUUUCAUCUUACGAGCUUACUGUCCCUUUCCUGUUGGCAAUGAGUUUACCUGUGAUUCCUUCAAACGGUUUUUUUUUCUGUAUAAAGGAAACAAUUUGGGGAAGGGAAUAAAGGUUUUUUUGGUGUUGGUUUUUUCAACAACAAAAAAUAUCUCUGGUUGUUGGUGUAUCGAAACUUUUUGACAAAGGCCCAGAAGAGAUGAAGAUUGAAUAGGAUUGAGUGCAAAUCAAACCUUCCUUUAGUGUGGUGGUAGCUGAAUACAGACCACAACUGGCCAAAGAGGUCUUGGUAAGAGAAGGAGCUUCUGUCUUGUCCUGCUGCCUCCUUUCUCUUCUCUCUCUCUGUCCAUUCCUGAUAGGACAGCCCUCCGUUAUAGCAGACAGGGCCUUGUUGGUUUCCGAGGCAGCCAGCUGCCUCUAGCAUUUCUGUGAUCUCAUCUAGUCCUUGUCCUGGUACGCAUGGAUUGAUUUGAUACAGAGGCAGUUAUACCCAGAUGGUUGGGUCCUUCAGCUCCAUACUUUCCUGAGCAGGGGAAGAAGAAAAAUAGAAUUCUGCAUGAAGCUGUAUACUGUGUAACAGGACUCUCCCAGGCCUCCUCCCUCACUAGUCUCUCUGCAAUAUAUUUGCAUGAUGGCUGCAGGAAGGAUUGGGAUAAUGUAUGUCAAGUGCCAAAGGCUGUUCUUAUCCCUCCUGUAACUCAUGGAUUGGAAGAGACUGGAAUCGGAAGGCACCCAAACACUUCUAAGUGUAUGCUCUUUAGGAAGGGGGAAAAGACCACCAGCUCCCUUGCUAUUCCUGUAUAGAACGGGGAUAGCCAAUGUGCUGUCCUGAUGUGGACUACAGCUUCUAUCAUCCCCUACCAGAAUGUCCCACUGUCGGCUUCCGGUUCAGCGCCAGCGCCGUCUGGCUCGCGUUCCGAGGCGACCCGUCUCUGCAAGGGAGGGGGAAGCAGCAGGAGCGCCGCUGCACCCCAAAGAACCCCAGAUCGUGCGUUCUGGGGGCGGAAAUCGCCAAGCAGCGCCCCAAUCCCGACUCCCCAACUCUCCGGUAAGCUCUAAUAAGAGCUCCGGAGUGAGAAGGGUUGUAGUCGCGGGGCCAUUUUGGUGCGCCAUCGCUACCCUUGCAGGGAGAAGCUCCGUGCCGGAGGCGGGGAGCACUGGAUUUUCCCAAAGAAGUCAAGAAAUUGAAAGACCGUGAGUAAAAAGGACUUAAAGACUUAAAAUUGGAUUUGAGAUUUGGAAUGGGGGUGAGAUUUAAAAAACGGAAGCCGAUCUCCCCCCUACUGAUUUAAAGAGGAAGCAGCUUAAGGAGGAAUCCCAGUGCCGGGGACUAAAAGCUUUAUUCCUUGAAUAUCUCCGAGGACUGACUAAAGACUCUCCUCCUGAGGCAGGGUUAGGGGGGGAGAAUUGUUUUAGACAUUAAGAAUCCCUGCAAACUUAUUUAAUUGAAG